AGAGGGAUAGGCUGCUAGGGCUUGGGUGCUUCUCGGCCGGGGCUCAGCUCUCUUCUCUGCUGGCUACGAUGCAGGAAACAUCUGGAGUGCUGAAGGAGGGCUUCCUCGUCAAACGGGGACAUAUUGUUCGUAACUGGAAAGUAAGAUGGUUCGUUCUGCUUCAGGAUAAGCUGCUGUAUUACAAAAUUGAAGGAGGCAAGAAGGAGCCAACUCCAAAGGGCAGGAUCCUUUUGGAUGGCUGCACUAUUACUUGUCCAUGCCUGGAAUACGAGAACAGACCGCUACUCAUCAAACUAAAGACAAAAACCAACACAGACUAUUUCCUUGAAUGUUGCUCCAGGGAGGAGCGAGACUCUUGGGCUUUGGACAUCACUGGAGCUAUUCAUGCUGGUCACCCAGUACAGGUACAAGAGCUUCACAGAAUGAAGAACUCUUUCAAACUGCUAGAGAAUAUCAGCCUCCACCACAUAGUGAAGAAAAUGUGUGACAGCAGUACUGGAAUUAAGCUGACCCGCAACUUGGAGCAAGGCAACAGAUACAAAGAGACCUUCACAGGUUCUGCACUGGUGGACUGGCUCAUCUCCAGCAGCUUUGCUGUGUCACGGUUUGAGGCCGUCACUUUGGCAUCCAUGCUGAUGGAGGAGAACUUCAUCAAGCCUGUGGGAGCCCGCAGCACUGAGGCCACACGUUACAGCGACCUCUCUGAGCAGUUCCUUGAUGACUCCACUGCACUGUACAUGUUUGCUGAGAGCAAUAAGAAAAAUAGCAGUUCCAAGGAAGAGGUACAAUUUAACAUCUCUGAGUUAAGCGGCACGAUUGUGAAGCAAGGAUUCUUAGUGAAACAGGGACACAAGAGGAAAAACUGGAAGGUGAGGAGAUUUGUUUUGAGAGCUGAUCCUGCUUUUUUGCACUACUAUGACCCCACUAAGGAAGAAGACAGGCCAGUAGGUGGAUUUUCUCUUCGUGGUUGUCUUGUCUCAGCUCUGGAGGACAACGGAGUCCCAGCAGGAGUGAAGGGCAAUGUGCAAGGAAACCUCUUCAAAAUCAUCACCAAAAAUGACACUCAUUAUUAUAUCCAGGCCAGCUCCAAGGCGGAGCGAGUACAGUGGAUUGAGGCAAUCAAACCACUGACAUGAGUAAGGCAGACUACAUGCCAAAAGACAAGUCACAUUUGUGACCAAGUUUCCUGUUCUCAUUGUCUGGGAGUGUUGUUUUUCCCUUAGAUAGUCUAUUUUUGUUAUUUGUAUCA